AUGUCGACUCCUGGUUCGAGCGUUGCUGAUGAACUCCCGAGGCUGAAGGCAACGGUCAGCCUCGACUUCGACGAGGGAAUUAAUGCCGAGGAUCUGUCCACCAUCAUCAAGUCCCUCGACUUCAUCAAUGUCGCCUGCCGACACCAAACUCGAAGUAAUAUUGUACUCAUAGACCACAUAUUCCGCCUCGCCUCUCAAAAUAAGGUCAAAGUCGGCGCGUGCCCCUCCCUCUCGAAUGACCAGAUGCAAGGGAUCUCACCCGGAAGUAUAUUUUGUACUCCGGAGCGGCUCAAGGCCUUCUUCAAUUUCUUGAUUGGAGCGCUCCAUGGAAUUUCUUUGGAACACAAGCACCCAUUGUCUCACAUCAAAUCCCAGGGAGCGAUCUACGUUGAAACUGCCCGCAAUCCGAAGCUCGCAGACGCCGCUGUCUCCGCCGUACCUUUAUUCUCGCCAAUUGCGACCUUUGUGGGCCUGCCUAGUACAGAGCAUCAGCGCGCGACACAAACGGCUCAGGUGACGUUUCUUCCUGAGUGGCAUGUUGACCUGAAAUACGAUAAAGAUGGUAUUCCCAUCAUCCUUAACGAGCAGGGCUCCGUGACAGACGAAGAGGUAAAACAACGCGUCAACGAUCUCCUCAAUAGUCGCUUGAUCAGUGUAGACCCCGAGGUCAAGCUUCCUGACGACGUUACAGAGGUAUCGAUCAACGUGAACAGCAGCACACCCGAGGCGAUUAGAAUUGUGCGCAUGGUCAGAGAACUUGUUGAGACAUGGAAUUCUGGCUCCGGCAACGACGCGAGGGACGUGUAA